AUGCUCUUCACCGCAGUGAUUGAAAAAAUGAGUGACGAGAUCAGCAACAGGCGAGCCAUCUACAGGGGCCUCCUCGCCAUGAACUCUGACAUUAGGACUAUCCUGUGUUGCGGUAGACGACGUGUAGGUCUCGGCGAACAAGUGGAACUACGGGAGGAGCAGAGAAAGAUCUCUAGGGAUAUGAACUAUAUCAGAAUCGAGAUCGAUGAAAUGGAGGAGGAGUUGAUGUAUAUUGUCAAUUUAAAAAUGGUGAUUGAGAGGAAGAAGUAUUAG